CGGGUGGAGGAGGUUGUUCGGUGUCAGGGUCCGUAGUUACUUCACUUACAGCCGGACGCGAGUGUGAAGCGGAGCUAGCAGGGUAACUAGCUGAAGAGGUGAUCUGUUCAGUGGAGAUUAGUGUCGCUGUCCUCUUCAGACACGUCUCAACUAACUAUGAACACACGGGUUUAGUUUAGAAACUGAUGGUGGUUAAACAGGUUGUGUUUUUCUCCCGCAAGCUAGGGACAAGCUGAUAUUUAACGUGUGCGCAUAGUUACAUCUAACGUUAAGAGGAUAAAGUUAACGUUUAGUAAAUAAUGUAUGUUAGUGACAAAGUCGGCUUUAUUGUUGUGUCUGAAUUGUAGAAACCAAAGUCAAGCCCAACCAGUCGUCGUCUGAGGGGAUUUUAACUUGAGGGAAACACAAUUUGAAGGCAGACAGACUUAAAUAACACCACAUUGAAACAAUACUGUGAGCUCAAAACUUCACUACCAACUCGACUAUAACUCGCCUGAUUGUGAACAUACCUAACGUUACUUUGGUUUGUUAUAAACGUGAGAAAUGGAUACCGACACUGGUUACUAGUUGUAAUUAAUUCAGUUGCUAGGGGCGGAUCUCAACAUUGUACUUAUAAUCGAUUUAAAACCUUUAAAAUCAGACUCCUCAGUCUCUGUCAGUCUGCUGCUCCUGACUGAGACAACAUACACAGAUAGAUAUAGAUACAUACAUACAUAACGUUAUUUAAUUAGUUCAGUUGACGUCUUGUACUGUCAAUACUACCGCGAAACUAGGAGCGCUAGAGACCCUGAAGACCCCCGUUAAAACCCUUAUGUGUGAGUUUAUAUUACAAUAUGGCGACUGCGCAGACGCAGGUCUCAUUGAGAGGCGCUGUCGUCGUUCCCGCUGACUGCUAAUGCUAGCAUUAAAAAUUAAAUUAAAAUAUAGCGAACUGUUAUCUAACUUAGUUAAAUUACAGCUACAAAAGCCUUACAACGUGAUAGCAACAGAUGUGAUUAACGUUUAAAUAUCUUCCUCGUUUGCUGUUUCACUGAAGGACUGUUGGUCCUGAACCGUUUAAAAUCACUGCUAACAUAUUUUCUUCUAACAAUAAUAUGUUUUUGUUUUACCUAACAAUAGAUAUCGCCCACUGGCACUUGGCCGGUCCUUCUAGGUUAUAAUCCUCAAUUAAUAUCGAGCUUUCUGUCUGUGCUGGUUAAUGGAGGAGAGGCUUUCUUGAAUCUUUGUUUUACAGUCAAAUUAAUUUCCCGCCGAAAGUGUCGAUGGCGUCCCAGCAGGACUCCGACGUUAACUCCUUCAGAGAGACACAGUGGCCCCUGUUAGCUGAGCAGUCUACAUACUGUCAGAAGAUAUACCCAGGACUGCAGAGACACAUCCACCGUGGUCAUGGCUCGGUGGACGACAUGUUGGAUGCUGAAAACAAACGGCUGGCUGAGAACCUGGCCACCAAAGUCUCCAGACUGAAAUCCCUGGCGUAUGACAUCGACAGAGAGGCUGAUGAUCAGAAUGACUAUCUGGACAACAUGGACUCAAACUUCAUGAGUGCGACAGGUCUGCUGAGCGGCAGCGUGAAACGUUUCUCCACCAUGGUCCGAUCCGGCAGAGACAACCGCCGCAUCCUUUGCUAUGUCUCUGUGGGCCUGGUCCUGCUCUUCUUCCUGCUUUACUACAUGGUCUCCAGGAUUCAACGCUGACUGGAAAAGCGGAUCACCAAGGAGCUGGUCCUGAUGUGGAGCUCAGGCUGUAGACUCUGACAUUAUAAUCAUCUCUGUGAUUCUCCUGCACAGGAGACGACUUUUUAUACUGCACCAAAGUGACGAAACAAACAGGAAGCAGACAGGAAACAAACAGGAAGCAGACAGAAAGCAUUUUGUUGAAUUGAAUUUGAGUUGAAUUGUUGAACUGGGCAGCGGGGAGUGUCGGCCAGCUCAACAGGGGAAAUGCUGGUGUUUAUAACCUGGACUUCCACACUUUACUUUCCACUUGCCACCGCCUUUGUACCUCCCUGUAAUGUGGUCCUACCGUCCCAAUAUGGUCAAAUAGAAGGUGGGGCCUGAAUACGGCUCAGGUGGGAGUGUAGCCCACCACAGUUGAGUGUGAUAGGCCUAUGAACCUGUCAAGACAAACCUGCCCCACAACACGCUUUCAUUACAGUGUACACAGUGGCUGUGUCUCCGUUCCAGACUGCACAAUAAUUUAUUUAAAGAAUGUGUUGAGUUGUAGCUUGUCUGUUCAAACUGCAGAAGUGAAAUUCUCCAAAAUAUAUUCUACAGACUAACGAAAUUGAGAGAGAAAAAUUUAGAGUGCUGUUUUAUGUACGCUCGCAUAUCAGUGCACAAAGGAAAUGAAGGAGUCGUUCCUCCAGAGCCGCAGAAACUCAAAUUGAGUUUGAUGGCAACAUAGCUACAGAAAUGUUGAGGUGAAAAAUAUGAAACCACUGUAAAACAUUGUAUGAAUAAAUUAAUUGUAAUUGGCAGUGUUAUUCCAAAGUCAAAGUUUGAUUGACAUAGAGGUACAUAUUUUAUUAUUUUCUGCCGGUAUGAAACAGAAAAAAAAAAAAAGAAGUUUAGUAUACAAAUGGCAAAAACACUGAUAUAUGACAGUUAACAUAUUAUACGCACGGUCUGCCCAUUUGUAUGUAGUGUGGAAUUUGGACCAUUUGGACACAGCAGGUGACAAUCUGCUGGUGUGAGAAGGAAGUGACGUGGCCACCGGCUGUUUGCUGGUAUUCAGUGUGCCAGGUGAUAUCACUGAGUUUAAGGAUUGUCAACCAACUGUUUAAUCCUCCUGCCCUUUUCUUUAACAUCUGUAUAUGUUAACAAAAGUUUGUGUUAGCAGGUAGCUUCUGUAAAUGUCUAAUGAAUCUUUAUUGACACCGCAGUUCAUUGACAGGAGAUACCCACACCAAAUAUUGUAACGUGAUUCUGUUUUUCCUGUUCCCUUUUAAUAAUUCAUCUUAAAUGUUUAGGCCUGUUCUGUUUAUGGUUUACAUAGGGCUGUUUUAUAUCAUAACAUUUUGUAUUUUUUAUUCCACAUUCAGUCGGUCUGCUCAGCAAAUCACGGCUGAGACGGGAGGAGAUUAAAGAGGGUUCAAAAGAGUUUCCUUUCUCUAUGUGUUUACAUUCCAGCUGUCUGGACUGUUAAUCAGCCACAGCCAACAUUUAAUACUAUUCUUAAUACACAUGUAAUACAUGGUUUUAAUUGCUUAAUGCUCCUUUUUUACAUGAUAUAUUUAGUUUCAGGGCAUUAUGUGAGGUAUGGUAGACAUAAUUUAUGACUGGCACUUUUACAGUCUUCAAUAAAAGAGGUGUAUAUUUUUAUUUUCAUAAUCGUAGUAUGACUUUAAGAAAAUUAUAAAGAUUUUAUUUUGAUAACCAUAUGAGAAUAUAUUAUAAUUCAAUAAAAGCUCCUACAGGACAGAUUUCAAUA